CCAAUCACCGAAACAGAAAAGGAAAAACUCUUGUGCAUUAGUAAUGGACGAAAGGAAGCGAAUUGCCGAAAAUGUUGAACAAGAAAUUAAGGCAAUUAUGGAUGUGUCAGACAAGAAGGAUAAGCAGCGGAUGAAACGUUCAAUAUACGAUAUACGAGCUGCAUCAAUCCCAGACCUGAACAAGCAAGCCUAUCGGCCUCAGGUAGUCUCUUUUGGCCCUUUCUCUACAUUUGGUGAAAUGCAGGAACACAAGGAAAGAGCUUCUGCUCAUUUUCUAAGAAGAUCAGGAAAACCUCUUUCGCUUUUUGUUGAAUCAUUAGCUGAAGUUGUUAAUGAUUUAAGAGAUUCAUAUGGUAUUAAGUAUUACCAAUACAGUGAUAGUGGUUUGCUGAAAACGAUGAUUUUUGAUGGGUGUUUCAUUUUGGAAAUAUUACACUUUUAUUCUGAUACGCUCAAUGACUAUGGUCCUGAUGAUCCAAUCUUUAGCAAACAUGGGAAGCUAUAUAUCAUGCCAUUUAUUAGGCGUGACAUGUUAAUGCUUGAAAAUCAAUUGCCAAUGUUUGUCCUGGAAAAGCUACUUGCUAUUGGAAGAGGCGCAGAAACGAGUGCAGAGUACAUCAACAAGCUCAUUCUCAAUUUUUUCUUUCCCAACACUUCCAUCUUAGUUCGGGAAAAGUGUGUUCAUGUCCUAGAUGUGUACAGAAGAAGCCUGCUUCAGCAACAAGUAUCGGAGAAAACCCAUUACAGCAUAUCAGAAGAUGUCCAUGAAGAUCAUGACAACGUUUUUAUCAGGUCUGCAACAAAGCUCAAUCAAGCUGGAAUCCAAUUCCAGAAAAGCAAAACCAGAUGCUUGGACGACAUCUCAUUCCAAAGUGGAGUCCUCAAGCUUCCAGUGAUUGUGGUAGAUGAAACCACUGAGUCGAUAUUUCUGAAUUUGAUAGCCUAUGAGAGCUUGCAUGUUCUUGCGGGUACUGAAGUGACAUCUUAUUUCAUCUUCAUGAGAAGUAUCAUUAAAGACAAGCAGGAUGUAGCCCUUCUGCAUUCCAAGGGAAUCAUCCAAAAUGGUCUAGAAAGUGACCAAGAAGUGGCUAAAUUGUUCAAUUCUCUUACUAAGAACAUUAGAUUAGACCCAGAAAGCAAGCUAUAUGCAGUGCAGAAGAAUAUGAUCAAUGCCUGCUGUGAGAAGAGUUGGAAUCAAUGGCCUGCUAAAACAUUUCAGUACAAUUUCAGGAUUAAUCCCUGGCCGAUUCUGUCUCUUGUUACUGCAAUCAUCCUUUUCAUUUUUACUAAUAUAUAUCUUCACUAUCAUAACAAUGAAUCUCCAUGACCCUUUCUUCUUGUUCAUCCUCUACCAAUUCUCUCAAGCUCUCCCCAAAACCAUUAGCUUCAACCCACCAUUGAUUCCUAUUGAUUCACAUUGUUCCAACCAUUUGUAAAUGAAUAUGUUUAAGAACUUGUAUUUUAAUACAUAUAAGUUGUUUAUGAAAUGAAUUAUUGUGAAUAAUUUCAAAAAUCUGUACUUUGUUUAGACAAUUAGAGAAAGACAACCUUCAACAGGCAAUAUAGCUAUCUAAAUGGAAAGAGAAAUCUCAUUAAUUUUAAAAUCCACCCUUUGUGCCCACCCAUGCUAAUCUCCUACACAUGAUAUCUCAUUCAAAAAUAUAAACAUUUAAUCAUAA